UAGUGCAGUGCAUUCCUUGUGUCUGUGGUGAUGCUGGAGGGAAACAAACCUAGAUCGUUGCCAGGCAGCUUUAACCUGGGUGUGGGUGAGGAUGACACUGUGAUGCUCCUAGAGGUGGUUCAUGAGGAAUGGACGAAUAAGUGGUUGAAACUGAUAGAAGAACACAUAGCUGAAGAAGAAGUGAGAGGAUAAGAAAGUGAAGGAAAAGAAAAAAAAAAUCCAGGAACUUUCAUAGUGAAGGGUUUAGCAGAAACUUGUACAGACCUCAACAAGCUUCUUAAAAAGUUUGAAAACAUGAACUCCAACACCAAAAGAAGAGCCUCAGGCAAGUUCUUCAAGAGGUAUCCAGAAGAAGGCAUUGUUAUCCCAGAUGACAGCUCCAUACAUGUUAUUGCUCCUCAGGACCUUCCAGUGGGACAAGAUGUGGCACUGGAAGACAGUGACAUUGAUGGUCCCCACCUUGUGUAGGCCUAGGCUAAGACACACGAGUCUCGCCAUGUUGCCCAAACUGGUCUCGAAAUUCUGGACUCAAGCAAUCUGCCUGCCUCGUUCUCCAAACGUGCUGGGAUUAUAGGCAUGAGCCACCACGCCUGGCCGAGUAUUCAGUAUUUAUAAAAUCUACAGUAGUACAGAGUUAUGUCGUAGGCCAUCACAUUCAGUCACCACACACUCACUGACUCAUCCAGAGCAAUUUCUAGUCCUGCAAGCGCCAUUCAUGGAUUGACUUAUAAACAGUCAUGCUGUGUGAUGAAGAAGCCCAGAAGAGGAAAGCAAAGGAGUCAGGGAUGGCUCUUCCUCAGGGACACUUGACAUUCAUGGACGUGGCCAUCGAGUUCUCUCAGGAGGAGUGGAAAUCCCUGGACCCUGGACAGAGGGCUUUAUACAGGGACGUGAUGCUGGAGAACUACAGGAACCUGGUCUCUCUGGGAAUCUGUCUUCCUGACCGAAGUAUUAUUUCCAUGUUGAGGCAAAGGAGAGAGCCCUUGGUUCUGCAAAGUCAAGUUAAAAUAGUAAAAAAUACAGAUGGAAGGGAAUGUGUCAGAAGCGUGAACACAGGGAGGAGCUGUAUAUUGGGAAGCAAUGCAGAAAACAAGCCUAUUAAAAAUCAACUUGGAUUAACCCUUGAUUCACAUCUGUCUGAAUUGCAGCUGUUUCAAGCCGGAAGGAAAAUGUACAGAAGUAAUCAAGUUGAAAAUUCGUUUACAAACCAUCGUUCCUUAGUUUCACCACUUCAAAAAAUUUCUUCUAGUUUCACAACACACAUUUUUAAUAAAUAUAGAAACGAUCUUAUUGAUUUCCCAUUACUCCCACAAGAAGAGAAAGCAUACAUUAGAGGAAAAUCAUAUGAAUGUAAUGAAGAUGGUGAAGUUUUUAGAGUCCCUGCAAGCCUGACUAACCAUCAAGUAAUCCAUACUGCAGAGAAACCUUACAAAUGUACUGAAUGUGGCAAGGUCUUCAGUCGCAAUUCACACCUUGUAGAACAUUGGAGAAUUCAUACUGGACAGAAGCCUUACAAAUGUAGUGAAUGUGACAAGGUGUUUAAUCGCAAUUCAAACCUUGCACGACAUCAAAGAAUUCAUACUGGAGAGAAGCCUCACAAAUGUAACGAAUGUGGCAAAGCAUUUAGAGAGUGUUCAGGACUUACUACCCAUCUUGUAAUCCAUACUGGAGAGAAACCUUACAAAUGUAAUGAGUGUGGCAAGAACUUCAGGCACAAAUUUUCUCUAACCAAUCAUCAGAGAAGUCACACGGCGGAAAAACCUUACAAAUGUAAUGAAUGUGGCAAGGUCUUUAGUCUGCUUUCAUACCUUGCACGGCAUCAAAUAAUUCAUAGUACAGAGAAGCCCUACAAAUGUAACGAAUGUGGAAGAGCAUUUCGCAAGCGUCCGGGCCUUAUGGCCCAUCUUCUAAUCCAUACUGGAGAGAAACCUUACAAAUGUAAUGAAUGUGACAAAGUCUUUGGGCGCAAAUUAUACCUAACCAACCAUCAGAGAAUUCAUACUGGAGAGAGACCUUACAAGUGUAAUGCGUGUGGCAAGGUCUUCAAUCAAAAUCCACACCUUUCACGACAUCGGAAAAUUCAUGCUGGAGAGAAUUCACUGCGUACUUUACAGAUGCAAUGAAUGUGGCAAAGUCUUUAGUUACAAUUCACACCUAGCACAACAUUGGAGGACCCAGGAGAAAAACCUUACAAAUAUCAUGAAUGUGGCAAAGAAUUUAGUUUGCAUUCAAGCCUCAUCACUCAUCUCUUGAUCCACACUGAAAGGAAACCCUACAAAUGUAAAGUUAAUAACAUAUAUAUAAAUAAUCUAUAAAGAGAGAACAGUUAUAUCAGAAUAGAGCAUUUAAUGAAAACUACCAGUAUAGCAUAUUCUUGAGUAGGAUUCACAGUUAACUGCUGGCACUAUAAUUUGUAACUCUUUGAUUUAGAAUGUACAUACUUCUCAUGUUUUAAGUAAUAAAGUUUAAAGUUUUUUU